AUGAAAGCUCUACUUAAUUCGGACUCAACUACUAUCUCCCCCAUCUCCCCCAUCAAUCCUCGAAACUUCACUCAACCGAAGAUCCAAACCUCUCUUCACUUCUCUCCAAAAGAUAACCACCACCACCGUUUGAUUCGACGGAAAGCUCGGGAUUCCAGAAUCCGGUUUCUAAAAUCCGACAGUUUCGACUUCGUAUCGGAGCUCCAAGUUUCGGAAACCCAAUCAGAUCGUGUUGGAAGCUCAAGCCAAGGUGUUGGACUGAUAUGCAUUUGUGUUUAUAGCAUAUUAUUCUACUUCAAUUGUGUCAGACAUUGUUCUAGAAAUAACCUUAUUUUUCAUCCUCUAAAUUGUGUAGGUGAGGAUGAAAAAGGGGAAGGAAUUGUCUUGCAAUCACGGUAUCCGUGGGAAGGAAGUGACCGAGAUUAUGAUUACGAGGAGCUCCUAAGCAGAGUGUUCAAUAUCCUCCGGGAGAAUAAUCCAGAGCUUGCUGGGGACAGGCGUAGAACUGUUAUGCGGCCGCCACAAGUUCUUCGAGAGGGCACAAAGAAGACAGUCUUGGUGAAUUUUAUGGAUCUGUGCAAGACGUAUGUUUAGAUUUUGUUGGGUUUGCAUUUAUCAUAAAACAAAUUAUAAAAUAAAAUAAAUUUCUGUCUGAUUUGCU